CUAAAUUACUGAGGACUGGUCCUGGCUGAGAACACAGGUGCUGAUCAUAAAAAUGCAGCCUUGAAAAUAAGUCCUCCGAGUACGGUGUCACUCAGCGGCCACCCGCGCUGCUACGACCAGCCAGAGGUGUAAGUCUCCUGGGCCGCACUUUGCCUUUCUUUGCUGGCUGCCCGUUGCGGGUGCCUAGCGCUGGCUCAGUGGUGUGAGGUGUCUGAGGGGGAGGAAGUGUCAGGCAGGCGAGUUUGGGGACGUAAGGAGGUGACACAGUAACAAAGCGGACACAACACCGACGACAUAGCGGUGGGUGGCUGUGUGAGCUCCAGAAAUGUUCUGGGCGCUCCUGAGGGGGGACCUGCCCAGCUACCACCAGCAAGCGGGAAGGCUGGGGCUGGCGCCCCCCGAAUCCCAGAGCGUGAGGAAGCUGGGCACCUGAGAUAACAUGGAACCCACCCCAGAGGCGGUGAGGUCGCUGGGCCAUGCGGGAAAAGCAGCAGGCCGAUUGUUGGCCAUCUGGGGAACUUCCCAAGGCUGGGAGGUUUGCAGCCAGUUAGUCACUCAGCAGAGCUGCGUUCUACUGGAUGAUGACAAUAAAAGGGAGCGCGCGGGCUGCCGGGCUCACUGCGGGGGUGAUUUCAGUCAUUACUGGGAGAGCGAGAGUCUUGCGCCGUUGACUGUUCACAUCUCUUUACAGCGGCAGGGAUCACAGGUACAGACCCAGAGGCUCCAGCGCCCUCCCCAACAGACCCUGCUACCCCAGCGCCAAGUGAGACCCCAGCUUUACCGGCCACCAUGACAGCAGCUUCGGCCACUGGAGCGGCGACUGUCACUAGCCAGCAUGGUCCAAGCACAGCCGCCGAAGCCACCACCCCAGCCACAGAAACCACCACAAUGGUCACCCUCACGAUGGGGAACACAACCGGACCAACAACGGAUCCCACUCCCGGAGCAGUGACAAGCACAGCCUAUCCCUUCUCUACAGCAGCUGUAUCUAGGUCUACGGCAGCAGGGACAAACACAACCACACAGGAUACCCCCCCACGGGUGCUAACUACACCGAUAACGGAAUCCACACCAAAUGCAACCCCAGCUUCACCGACCACCAGCUCGGCAGCAGAGAUGACCAGAGCCAAUCCUGCCAUCAGCCAGCCCGGUGGAACCGCACAGACAGCGACCCUGACCACAGCAACCGAGGCUGUCCCCACGCCAGCUGACAUGACACCCAUGGCAACUCUGACCAGCGCAGGAGAAACCCCCCCAGCAGAUCCUACAACCGCCACACACCGUGAGACUACUGCAGGAAGAGAGACACUCACAACAGCCUCUGUUGUCGGCAUGCCAAACACAACCACAACUCAAGGGGCUAUCCCCACAGUGACAGAAACCAGCCCUUCACUGCAGGUGAGUACCAGGGCUGUUGAGACCACCGCACCAACGUCUGUCACCGCGUCCACGACGGAAACAGCAUCAAGAGUGGGCUCCAGCACAGAAACCACUCUGGCGGCCAACAGCCCCCCUGGCGUGUCGCGUGCUGCGACGAGCGAGAGCACAGCCCCAGGUCCUCACACCGCGGCAGCAGAAAGGGGAACUUCAUCCGGCACCGUGACAGAGACACUCACCACCGGCAGGACAGCUAAUGCCACAGCGGCCGUCAGCACCACGGCAAGAAGAGAGGUUCCCCGAACGGUCCGUAGUACCGCCGUCCCAGCUGGAAGCACAACGGUUAAAUUCCCAGCUACAGCUAGCCCCACUGCGGCCGCACCGAGCAGCAAGGUGCCCCCGGGUACCACUCCCGCCACUCAGAACUUCAGUGCAGCUCCAACGGCAGGGAUCACAGGUACAGACCCAGAGGCUCCAGCGCCCUCCCCAACAGACCCUGCUACCCCAGCGCCAAGUGAGACCCCAGCUCUACCGGCCACCAUGACAGCAGCUUCGGCCACUGGAGCGGCGACUGUCACUAGCCAGCAUGGUCCAAGCACCCCAGCCGCAGAAACCACCACAAUGGUCACCCUCGCGAUGGGGAACACAACCGGACCAACAACGGAUCCCACUCCCGGAGCAGUGACAAGCACAGCCUAUCCCUUCUCUACAGCAGCUGUAUCUAGGUCUACGGCAGCAGGGACAAACACAACCGCACAGGAUACCCCCCCACGGGUGCUAACUACACCGACAGCGGAAUCCACACCAAAUGCAACCCCAGCUUCACCGACCACCAGCUCGGCAGCAGAGAUGACCAGAGCCAAUCCUGCCAUCAGCCAGCCCGGUGGAACCGCACAGACAGCGACCCUGACCACAGCAACCGAGGCUGUCCCCACGCCAGCUGACAUGACACCCAUGGCAACUCUGACCAGCGCAGGAGAAACCCCCCCAGCAGAUCCUACAACCGCCACACACCGUGAGACUACUGCAGGAAGAGAGACACUCACAACAGCCUCUGUUGUCGCCAUGCCAAACACAACCACAACUCAAGGGGCUAUCCCCACAGCGACAGAAACCAGCCCUUCACUGUGGGUGAGUACCAGGGCUGUUGAGACCACCGCACCAACGUCUGUCACCGCGUCCACGACGGAAACAACAUCAAGAGUGGGCUCCAGCACAGAAACCACUCUGGCGGCCAACAGCCCCCCUGGCGUGUCGCGUGCUGCGACGAGCGAGAGCACAGCCCCAGGUCCUCACACCACGGCAGCAGAAAGGGGAACUUCAACCGGCACCGUGACAGAGACACUCACCACCGGCAGGACAGCUAAUGCCACAGCGGCCGUCAGCACCACGGCAAGAAGAGAGGUUCCCCGAACGGUCCGUAGUACCGCCGUCCCAGCUGGAAGCACGACGGUUAAAUUCCCAGCUACAGCUAGCCCCACUGCGGCCGCACCGAGCAGCAAGGUGCCCCCGGGUACCACUCCCGCCACUCAGAACUUCAGUGCAGCUCCAACGGCAGGGAUCACAGGUACAGACCCAGAGGCUCCAGCGCCCUCCCCAACAGACCCUGCUACCCCAGCGCCAAGUGAGACCCCAACUCUACCGGCCACCAUGACAGCAGCUUCGGCCACUGGAGCGGCGACUCUCACUAGCCAGCAUGGUCCAAGCACCCCAGCCGCAGAAACCACCACAAUGGUCACCCUCGCGAUGGGGAACACAACCGGACCAACAACGGAUCCCAAUCCCGGAGCAGUGACAAGCACAGCCUAUCCCUUCUCUACAGCAGCUGUAUCUAGGUCUACGGCAGCAGGGACAAACACAACCACACAGGAUACUCCCCCAUGGGUGCUAACUACACCGACAGCGGAAUCCACACCAAAUGCAACCCCAGCUUCACUGACCACCAGCUCGGCAGCAGAGAUGACCAGAGCCAAUCCUGCCAUCAGCCAGCCCAGUGGAACCGCACAGACAGCGACCCUGACCACAGCAACCGAGGCUGUCCCCACGCCAGCUGACAUGACACCCAUGGCAACUCUGACCAGCGCAGGAGAAACCCCCCCAGCAGAUCCUACAACCGCCACACACCGUGAGACUACUGCAGGAAGAGAGACACUCACAACAGCCUCUGUUGUCGCCAUGCCAAACACAACCACAACUCAAGGGGCUAUCCCCACAGCGACAGAAACCAGCCCUUCACUGCGGGUGAGUACCAGGGCUGUUGAGACCACCGCACCAACGUCUGUCACCGCGUCCACGACGGAAACAGCAUCAAGAGUGGGCUCCAGCACAGAAACCACUCUGGCGGCCAACAGCCCCCCUGGCAUGUCGCGUGCUGCGACGAGCGAGAGCACAGCCCCCGGUCCUCACACCGCGGCAGCAGAAAGGGGAACUUCAACCGGCACCGUGACAGAGACACUCACCACCGGCAGGACAGCUAAUGCCACAGCGGCCGUCAGCACCACGGCAAGAAGAGAGGUUCCCCGAACGGUCCGUAGUACCGCCGUCCCAGCUGGAAGCACGACGGUUAAAUUCCCAGCUACAGCUAGCCCCACUGUGGCCGCACCGAGCAGCAAGGUGCCCCCGGGUACCACUCCCGCCACUCAGAACUUCAGUGCAGCUCCAACCACGGAAUCCGCUGCUAGGCCUACCUCCACGGCCCUGCCCUCGGUCCCAGGUGUCACGACGGAAGAGCAGACAACAGCGCUGCCCACCUGCCACCCUCCAGCUGCCAACGCAACUAGUGCUCACAUCUUCCUAUCGGUGGGACUCACCACUCACCUGAACCUCAGCGAGCCCCAGGUUAGGCAUCUGGUUUUGUCCAAGCUUGAGCAAGAGCUAAAAAGGAAGUUCACAUGCACCAAGUUCAAUGUCCUCUGGAAAGGAGUCCGAGAAAAGUGAGCAGUGACUCUGCUGGCCCCCAAGGAACCGCCGGCUUCGUGUCUGGGUACCACAGUGAGCAGGACAAGGCCCACGACAUGAAAGGGGACCACGCGGCUGCAGCUACCUGUGCUCCUCAACUCCGGAGUGGAAACCACACCUGGAAGAUACAGGUUUAACCCCAGGAGAAGAAAUCUCUCUUCUGCAUGCUGAGACCUCAGGCUUUCUUAUGCCAUAACCCUCCUGGACUCUGGUUCUCAAAGGCCAAAGCCCUUGGGAGAUUCCAUAGUCAGUAAGAAUUCAAAAAAGAGGUGAAUGCCCUUUAAAGGUCCCAGUGAAGAUGAAAAAUGUCAAGUCUGGAGAUUUCCCCUCUCCGUCCUCUCUUCCUGUAUGAAAGGAGCCAAUGAUUUGAAUUGCAAGCUCUUGGGGCUGUCUCUGACUAUAUAUAUGUACAUCCUAGCACCAUAUCUCAGUUGCAGCCACUAGGCCUUGCUGUCAUAUAAUCAAUAAUAUUGGGAUCUUGUGAGCGAACAGCGAGUGGAGGCUCUGACUGCUGCUGCAUUGUUGGCUGUCCAGGUGCAGGCGAAUCCUGCGAGCCCAGGGUAAAAGGAAUUGUUUUUUCCAAGUUAUGUUUAUGUUUUGGGUCAUAUUGACCCUGGACCCAGAGAAAUGGAACGGGUCACCCAUCAGGGACCAGAGAGGCUAACCUCCCUCCCAGGACGUGUCCCCAGCCCUGCUGCCUGCACUUUCGUUCUCUGGAAUAAAUUCUUGGCUGUAAGAUCUGGGCAGUUGUUUCCAUGGUUCCCACCAGCCCCCGGGGUUGAUUGGGAUGUUUCCCUGUCCGUUUCCAGAAUGAGUCGUUAUCUGGCAGGUGGUGGGCUGAUGGGCCUGGAGAUGAAAGUCUUCUGUCCACCACUCAGCUGGAGCGAGGACUGCAUCGGUGAGAGCUUUCCCACACCGUCCUGCCAAUGUGCCUCCCUCAACCAUCCUCUGGAACGGAGAGAAAGGUCUUUGCAACCCAAGGCAAUGUGCAGUGAAUGCUAAGCACCGCAUAAGGCUUAAGGGCAACUUAAAAUAUAAGUAGGCCUAGUGCGAACCCCCCAGAGAGGAAUGAAUUUCACCCCCCCAGUCAUUAGCUCUCUGCCUCCUUCCUGGGCCCAGCCCUUCCAAACAACAGUAGCGGGGAAAUGAAUAAAAGAAAAAUCUCUUCCUUGUUCCUCUUUGGCAGCGAACAUUCAGCCAUCCUGGCACGCCCGGGGAGUGUCACUCCAGCAAUGCGCUCUGCAUUAGCAGCAGGAGCUCCGCAGGGCAGAGGAUGGCCUCACCCUUUAUUCACCCCCCUGCUCAAUCAUUAUUCCUCCUUUUUGACCCCUGUUUUGCAUUUUUCAUAGUAGUUUCCUCCUCCUGACAGCUGCAGCCCAUCCGCUUAGCAAUACAAGCCACUGUGAGCACACCACUUAGGGACUCUCUGCACUGGCUCCCCACUGAAAGCAGAGUCCAUUUGACAUCUUUGUCCUGAUAGUUAAAACCCACCCUGGUACUGACCCUGGCUACCUGGGAGUAUGAAGGAAGCAGUGACGGAAACCCAGUUCUGCAGGGUCCUUCACUGGAUUUUUCCAGUCCCAGUUAAGCAGUUUGUCCCCUCCCCGAGGCAAAUGAAACUAGUAAUUCAUUAACUGGUCAAUCAGCCAGAUAAAAUCACACUGAAACAAUGAUUAGUUCGAGCAAUUUUUUAAACCCUCCCCUUGUUUUAACAACUCCAAAAAAACAGAAUUUUGGGAAUUUCAAGACCAAAUCAAAUAAUAAUUUUUUGUUUUAUUUAAUCCCUGGCCUAGCACUGGAUUCAGACUGGAAAUAAGGUGUAACAUUUUUAACCGCGAGAGUAAUUAACCACUGGAACAAUUUACCCAGGGUCGCAGUGGAGUUUCCAUCACUGGCAAUUUUAAAACCACAGUUGGACGUUUCUCUAAAAUAUCUGAUCCCGGAAUUAUCUGGGGGCCGUUCUCUGGCCUGUGUUACGCAGGAGGUCAGACUAGCUGACCACAAUGGUCCCGUCUGCCUUGGAAUCUAGGAAUUCUCGGUUACACUCUGGCCCCUGUGAGCUGCUCGGGCAGAAUAACGGGGCCUCAAAGAGGACAGAAAUGGACCCUGAAAAUACACUGGCGGGUAUAGAACUGAAGACUAGUUUCAUGAUCUCAGAGAACCCCAAACCAGGGCAUAACAAAAUGACCAUUAUCACAUGAUUUGGGUGGGCAAAUCUCUUUACCAGUUAAUAAUUGUAUUUGUUAUGGUCUUCUUUGCCCUCACCCGUGAAAAAGCUUGGACUUACUUUAUUGUAUAAUCUGAUAGUGGUUCUCUA